GCCUCUGCGUCCCCUUGGCACCGCGCCCGGGAGAUGCUGGAGAGAGACGCCUAUCUGCCCCGUGGCGCAAAAGAGUUACUGUCAAAGGCAGCCUCGCUUUCAACUCCGGCCAUCACUCCGGCUCCGAGAGUUAUGGCGACCGCAACGUCCAACCACUACAGCGUCCUCGCCACCCCCAGCAGCGCGCCGCCGCCGCCGCACUCGGACUCCGGAAGCAUGCAGCAGGCGGCGGCGUACAGGGACGCGCACACCUUGCUCCAGAGCGACUACGGCACGUUACCGGUCGGCGGGCAUCCGCUCAGCCACGCGCAUCAGUGGAUCACGGCGCUGUCUCACGGCGACGGCGGGGCGCCGUGGCCAUCGAGUCCCCUCGGAGAGCAGGACGUGAAGCCCGUGCUGCACGACAGUGACCGAGAGGAGCUGCAGAACUCCAGCAGUCUGCAGCAGCAGCAGCAGCAACAGCGACACCCUCACCUCGCGCACCAGCAGCCACAUCACGACGCCAGAGCAUGGCGAACCAGCACAGCCGCCACGCACAUCCCCGGCAUGGCGACGUCUGAGGGCCAGAGCCUGGUGUAUUCCCAGUCCGGCUUCGGACUGAUGCCAGGGGGGGAGCAAGGGGCGAUGCAUCACCACCCGCUGCGGGACGACGACCACCACAGCCACAGCCCGCACCUCAGCGAACACGGGGGCGGCCCCGGGGCCCACCAGCAGCAGCAGCAGCAGCCCCUCUCGCACCACCACCAGCAGCACGGGGGCCACCAGGACCACUCGGACGAGGACACGCCGACCUCCGAUGAGUUGGAGCAGUUCGCCAAACAGUUCAAGCAGCGACGCAUCAAGCUGGGCUUCACCCAGGCGGACGUGGGUCUGGCCCUCGGGACGCUCUACGGGAACGUUUUUUCUCAGACCACCAUUUGCAGGUUCGAGGCGCUUCAGCUCAGCUUCAAGAACAUGUGUAAACUCAAGCCCCUGUUGAACAAGUGGCUGGAGGAGGCGGACUCCACCUCGGGGAGCCCGACCAGCCUGGAUAAAAUCGCCGCGCAGGGGAGAAAAAGGAAAAAGAGGACCUCCAUCGAGGUGGGCGUCAAAGGGGCUCUGGAGAGCCAUUUUCUCAAAUGUCCAAAGCCGGGAGCCGCGGAGAUCAACUCCCUGGCGGAGAGCCUGCAGCUGGAGAAGGAGGUGGUGAGGGUUUGGUUUUGUAACAGGCGGCAGAAGGAGAAGAGGAUGACGCCCGCUGGGGGACAGAUAGCAGGGGGGGAGGACAUGUACGGGGACACCCCUCCUCACCACGGAGGACAGACUCCCGUGCAGUGACCUCGGCGCGCUGCCCUGAGAAAACAGGCCCCCGGAGGAGGAAUAAAGCCUCCUGUGUGCGUUUGAUUCUGCGUGCCGGAGCGCGCGGAUCUGGACCUCAAGCCGGUUUAAACGUCGGACCCGCGGACACGCGCACACGGCGGGGAGACGCGGCGGCGCUCGAGCACUGAAAAUACGCAUAGCAGAGAGCCGCGCGGAGCGGGUUCAUGCCGCGGAUCACCGUGCUGCAUAUUGGAAUACGGCCGGCGCGUGCUAACCAAACAAACAAACAAACAAACACACACAAAAACAUUUUUUUUAAAACAGCGACAAUUGAUCAGAGAAAAAAUGCUUUUCCGCGUCUUCGGCCGACGCGCCAAUGUGUCGUUAUGUAACGUGUCGUUAGAGAAAGGCAGCGUGAGAUGUGGACACGAGGCGUCUGCAGGGGGGGACGGGGGGACGGGGGGGACGGGGGGGGAGACCAGGCUUCGGGCUCGGUAAUAAGUCGCAGUCAGUGUGGGUAAAUAAACGCCAUCUUUCCAUCAAAACAAAAGCAACAGGGGCGAGAGAGG